AUGGAGUUUCUGGCUGCCUUCAUGCAGAUCGUGAACAUGAUCUCCGAGGCCCUCCGCAACGUCGAGCGGCUCCCGGCGGCGCUCAUCUCAGGCGGCGUCGUCCAAGCCGCGGCGGCGCUUGCACUCGCCAUCUUCAAGGCUCCCGCAGGUAUUUUUCUUCACAACGGCAAGGGGCCCUUCUACCUCUACUACGGCAUUCUCGUCGCCGUAGGGAGCUUCGGACUCGUGGAGGCAACGGUGGGCUUGUGGGUGUCCGGCGACCCGAACAACCGGCGCAUCAUUGGGAAGACCAUCGUGUGGGUGUCCAUCUUACCCCUCGUCCUUGUUGCUGGGCUUGGAGGCUUCGUGAUCGUGAAAUAGUGGUUAAUCGCAGGCUUGCAGCCGCUGUUGUAUCUUCAUUUUUCCACUCUUGUCAGCGUGCAGCCUAGUUCAUCUAUGCAGCAUUGGGUUUUAGGUGUUUGGGAAUUGGGGGUUGUUAUGGUGCAGUUCUUCAAGCGAGUGAAGGUUUU